UCCAACUUCUUCUUAACAUAUUUCCCUCCAUACUCAUUAAAAACACAACAAAAACAAAAAGCCAAUACAUUUCAGCAUGAGAACCAAAGCCCAUAUUCCAACUUUCAACUAUAAGCUUCUCCUCCUCGGAGUAUUCCUUGCUUUUGUUGUCCUCUUUGUGUUCAGGUCAAGCUUUGAUUCAUCAUCAUCAUCAUCUUCUUCUUCUUCUUCUUCUUCCAAUGAAAAAUCCACCAUUUUGCCAAAAGUACCCUUGGAUGAGAAAGAAGCCGAGGAUGAUGAAAGAUCAACAAAAUGUGACACCCCAUUGACUUGCAACAAAAUCCCACCUUCCCUAGCCAAAGCUCUAAUCCACUACACAACCUCAACCAUCACCCCACAGCAAACCCUCAAAGAAAUCUCAGUCACAUCAAAGGUCUUAGACAAGAAAUCACCCUGCAACUUCCUUGUCUUCGGCCUAGGCCACGACAGCCUCAUGUGGAGCUCCCUCAACCACGGGGGGCGCACCAUUUUCGUCGAAGAGGACGAGUCGUGGAUCGAGCAAAUCCAACGCCGUUUCCCCAUGUUGGAGUCAUACCAUGUCACAUAUGACAGCAAGGUGAACCAGGCUGACAAUCUCAUGGAUGUUGGAAAGGGCCCCGAGUGCACAGCAGUUGGUGAUCCUAGGUAUAGCAUGUGCCAGCUGGCACUCAAGGGCUUGCCUAGUGAGGUUUACGAUAUCAAAUGGGAUUUGAUUAUGGUGGAUGCGCCCACAGGGUAUCACGAUGAAGCACCGGGACGAAUGAGUGCCAUAUACACAGCUGGGAUGAUGGCUAGGAACAAAGAGGAGGGAGAGACUCAUGUGUUUGUGCAUGAUGUGAAUAGGGUUGUUGAAGAUAACUUCUCCAAGGCUUUCCUUUGUGAAGGUUACAUGAAAAAGCAACAAGGGAGGUUGAGGCACUUCAAUAUUCCUAGUCACAGGGAUGGUUCCCACAGGCCCUUUUGCCCUGAGUAGUCAAUUCAUGUGUUUUGCAAAUUAAUUCAUCUGUCAUAUUUGAUUCAUCGUCUCUAUACUAUACUUCACAAUUUAAUUUCAUCCAUUUACCCUCCAUUUAGAUGGAGAAAAAUAACUCAGGAUUUAGAUAAUCCUCCGUUUGGAUGAAUGAACUGAAAGUUGCAGAGAAUUAUUAAAUUACGGAAAGUAGAUAUCCAUCCUUUAAA